GACAGUUUUAUUUAUGUUUAAAAGUGUGGUGUUGUAAGUCGAGCUAAACACUUGUGUCUUUAGUUUAGACAAUGCAGCCGAUUUUAAUAGUGCACGGUGGGGCUGGGGAUAUUCCGCAGAGUAGAAUUAAGGGUAAAUUAGACGGUGUUCGGGUGGCUGUGAGAGCAGGAUACGAUGUACUUAAGAACGGUGGAAAUGCCCUGGAUGCGGUUGAAGCAGCUGUUGUUGCCAUGGAAAAAGAUGAAAAUUUUAAUGCCGGCUAUGGAUCUGUGUUAAAUCUACGCGGUGAAGUAGAAAUGGAAGCUAGCAUCAUGAGAGGAGAAGACCUUAAUGUAGGCGCUGUUACACUUGUCAAGGACUUCGCCCAUCCUAUAAGCAUCGCGCAUAAAGUUCUUACCGAUUCACCACACUCCUUGCUAGGCGGAGAAGGCGCGAAGUUAUUCGCUUUAGAUAAGGGUUUUCCUACAGUUCCCCCAGAGUCUUUGAUUAGUGAAAAUGCUAAACAGGCUCUAAAGGAUUUUUUAAAACAUGGAGAAUUCGGAAGGACUGAAAUAGGUAUCAUGGAUGAGGGAGGCGUAGGAACCGUGGGUGCGGUUGCUGUAGAUGCCAAUGGUCAUGUCGCUGUCGCGACGAGCACAGGCGGCAUGAGUGGCAAGGCUGUGGGUCGCAUUGGAGACACGCCCCAAAUUGGCAGCGGGACUUAUGCUGAUGAUAAAAUAGGAGGAGUUUCUACUACUGGGCACGGAGAGUCUAUAUUGAAGUACUGUUUAGCUCACAGCAUUAUAAAACUUAUGGAAGAUAAUGUUGAUGCAGAUACUGCAACAAAGGAAGCUGUAAAAGGAAUGACGUCUCGUCUAAAUAAUACUGCUGGCGCUAUCACUCUAUCGAAGAACGGCGAUGUUGGUGUGUAUUUCAGCUCAAAGAGAAUGUCAUGGGCUUACGUGAAAAAUAAUACUCUAUUUUAUGGUAUUGAACAUGACCAAGUCUUUGAAGAACCUUAUUCUUCUUAACUAUUUGCUCACCAAAGCAUAGCGCUCAUUGUGACAGGCCUGAGUGGGAUGGGCCGCAAAGGUGCAGCGCUCGCAGCGACUCGCUUUGCUAAUUCGCCCCGUUAUGACCAUUCUCAAUGGAUGUACAUCUAUAUAAAUUACAUAUAUUAUAUACGAGACAGAUAUUUGUGUUGCGCGCAAACGCUGACGGAUACAAUCCAUUAUACUUCAUUUAUUCAUUCUUCAUAAUAUUAUGUCUUCAAAUAGAUAAGAAAUGGCAAAUAUUAAAAGACGUGUAUACGCGCUGGUAAAGUGACUAAUUAAAACUGUAAUAAUAAAUAUUAGUAAGUUUU